AUGGCCAAGUGGAUGUCUUCCAAGGGCGCCAGAAACAUUGUUCUGGUGUCGCGAAGCGCAUCCGUCAACGACAAGGUGCAAGAUUUGAUCGAUGAGCUGGCUGUCGACGGCACCCUCAUCACUGUCAAGCCCUGCGACGUCAGCAGCCGUGAAUCAGUCGAGAAACUAGUCAAGGAAGAGAUGAAGGACCUCCCCCCGGUUCGCGGUGUCGUUCACGGAGCCAUGGUUCUCCGGGAUAUUCUCUUCGAAAGAAUGUCGCUGGAAGACUUUCAAGCCGUCGUCGAAAGUAAGGUCGAAGGAGCCUGGAACCUCCACGACGUCCUCUCCGAUUCGCCACUGGACUUCUUUGUCGCCCUCUCCUCCGUCGCCGGCACGAUCGGCAACAGAGGCCAAGCCGCCUACGCCGCCGCCAACGUCUUCCUCGACGCCUUCAUGGAAUACCGCCGUUCGCAAGGCCUCCCGGGAACCUCAAUCGACCUAACCGCCGUCCGCGACGUCGGCUACCUCGCCGAAGUCGACAGCAAGCGCCAGCAAGAAGUCCUGAAAAACAUUGGCACAGACGGCAUGGACGAAGCCGAAGUCCUCGCUCUCUUCGCCGCCGCCAUCACAGGCGACCUGACGAAAUCCUGCGGCGGCCACUGCAUCACCGGUCUCGAGCUCGGCAGUACACUGGACCACUUCUGGGCGCAGGACGCCAAGUUCAGUAUCCUGUACGAAGCCGCAAAGGAGCGACACGGUUCAUCCGGCGGUCUUGCGAACGGCCCCUCCGUGCCGCUUAACACACAGCUCGCCUCCGCCCCGUCCAAGGAAGAGGCGCUGCAAAUCUGUUACGAGGCCCUUGCGGCUAAGCUGGCGCAGGUCCUUGUCAUCUCCAUUGAGGAUAUGGAUCCUUCUAUUACCGUUGCCUCACUGGGACUGGAUUCGCUGGUUGCGAUCGAGAUACGUAACUGGAUUGCCCGUGAGGCGAAUGCCAAUGUCCAAGUUUUGGAACUUCUGUCUAGUGGGUCUUUGAUGGCGCUGGCGGAAAUAAUUCUUAAUAAGUCGCAGGCUUAA